AAACAAAAAUCAAACAGCAGCACAGUUCAAUUAUCAUCUGCAACGAAUUAUUUGGUUUCCUUUUUUUUUUCCCCUUCCUCUUUCCCUUUGUAUGUGAUUACAGAGCAGAGCCACUGUGCAGAAGGUCUUCGUCUUGGUUUUUUCCCUUGAAAGAAUGGGUACCAAACGCCGUACUCACUGUUUCUAUGCUCUCUUCUUCCUCCUUGUCGGUUUUCAAGAUUCUGUGCGGGGAAGGUUAUUAUUAAUCAAUAAACCUGACCCCAAUGAUCCUGCUGCAUCGGCUCGUUGGCUGGUCUCUCAAAAUUCUUGGGGUGUCUUAAAUACCAUUUCAAGUGAUCUGGGAGGAGCACCAUUUGGGAAUGUUGUUUCAUUUAGUGAUGGACUACCUGGCGAAGGUAGUGGCAUCCCAUACUUUUAUUUGACAACUCUUGAUCCAACUGCGAAAAAUGCAUUACAAGACCAGAGGUCUUCAUUUACUAUCAGCGAGUACCCUUUAGGAACUUGUGGAAAGAAAGACCCUGAGAACCCCUCUUGUGCAAAAAUUACGUUGACCGGAAAGUUGAAGGUACUAAAAGAAAAUUCUAAGGAAGCAGAACUAGCUAAAAGCGCCCUGUUUGCGAAGCAUCCAGAGAUGAGGGGUUGGCCUAAGGGUCACAACUUCCAGUUCUUCAAAUUAGACAUCGAGGAUAUAUUUUUGAUCAAUUGGUUCGGUGGUCCUAAGCCUCUCACAGUAGAUCAGUAUCUACAUUAUAAAGUGUGAGUAUUUGAGC